GCCUCGUCCUUGGGGCACGUCGAGGCGCGUGGAGACCUCUGGCACACGGUUCCCGGUCCUUCUCCAACCAGAAGGCUUUCUGAUGGCGGGCCGGAGCAGAGGACAGGACAAGCAGGGGGCCGGGAUUGCAUUAGCCCGGACUGAGCUCCUGGAGUCCAGGCUGAGCGUCCUGAAGAAGGAGCUGGAGGACUACGAGGCCUUCCAGGCCACGGAAGAGAAGGACGGCAAGGAGCUGCUGAAGCAGAUGGCCACGGAGCAGGAGAAGGUGGGGGCCGAGUUCCAGGCGCUGCGGGCCUUCCUGGUGGAGCAGGAGGGCCGGCUCCUGAGCCGUCUGGAGGAGCUGUCUCGGGAAGUGACACAGAAGCAGAACGAGAACCUGGCCCAGAUCGGGACUGAGGUCACCCAGCUCUCCAAACUCAGCAGCCAGGUCCGGGAGACAGUUCAGAAGCCCGACCUUGACCUCCUCCAGGGAUUCAGAAACACACUGAACAGGUGCAGCACCGUGCCUGGCCCCAAGCCAACCACAGUCUCUUCUGAGAUGAAGAGUAAGGUCUGGAAUGUCUCCCUCAAGACCUUUGUCUUAAAGGGGCUGCUGAAGAAGUUCAAAGAGGAUCUUCGGGAAGAGCUGGAGAAAGAGGAGAAAGUGGAGCUCACCCUGGACCCCGACACCGCCAACCCUCGCCUCAUCCUCUCUCUGGAUCUUAAAAGUGUGCGCCUGGGACAGCGGGCCCAGGACCUGCCCAGCCACCCGCGCCGCUUCGACACCAACACCCGAGUCCUGGCGUCCUGUGGCUUCUCCUCGGGGCGGCACCACUGGGAGGUGGAAGUGGGCCCCAAGGACGGCUGGGCCUUCGGCGUGGCGCGCGAGAGUGUCCGCCGCAAGGGCCUCACGCCCUUCACCCCCGAGGAGGGCGUCUGGGCGCUGCAGCGCAACAACGGCCAGUACUGGGCGGUGACCAGCCCGGAGCGCACGGCGCUCAGCUGCGGGCAGCUGGCGCGGGUGCGCGUGGCCCUGGACCUGGAGGUGGGCGCCGUGUCUUUCUACGCCGCCGAGGACAUGCGCCACCUCCACACCUUCCGCGUGGACUUCCGUGAGCGCGUGUUCCCGCUCUUCUCCGUCUGCUCCACUGGCACCUACUUGCGCAUCUGGCCCUGAGGGCGCGGUGACCCCUCCGCUGGCUGUCCCUGGGGAGGUAUGUCCUCCGCCAGAGCCACUUGGCCCGCCAGGGUGUACCCUCCCACAGCCCCAGCUGUUCGGAGGGGCUGGGCAGAACCGAACUCCGAGGCAGGGACUGUGGCCCGCUGAGCAGCGAACAGCCUCGGACUCUCUGGCCCUGCGCCCCCUGUGUCUUCGCCCGUGGAUUUGGCCUGAGCCGUGAACAGCGGAGUGGAAGGCAGUGAAGGCAGGAGCCCAGGUCCCGCCUCACUGCCCUGGCUCAGAAGGGCCCCUGCUUCCCGAAACACUAGACCCUGGGCCUGUGCUGGCCUCAGUGACAGCGAGGCAGGUUUGGGCGGGGCAGCAGGUUCACAGUCUCUUCUGCCUACUUUUUCUUUUUUCUUUUGUUUUUUAAGUUUUUUUCCAUAAGGCGUGUGUGCUCUAUGGAGAGGGCAGAGAGGGACAACGAGGGUGGGAGGUGCCUCAAUCCCUUCUCCCAGGAUUUUGGGCACACGCACCAGACCUGAUUUUCAGGUCACCAGAUCUGGGACUUGAACUGCUGUUCCCCAUGUGGAAGUCCAGUGCCUUAACCACCAUGCAACCUGCUGGUCCCGUUUGCUUUCUUGAAAGCUGUGCAGUGCCUUGUGAGGUCCCCAGGCCCCCGGGCCCAGCUGGCUGGAACAUUCCCAGCUCAGAGGACAGUCUGGGCCCGAGCUGCAAGGACCCUUGGCUGGCACACAGAGACACAGAGUGGGCAAUGCUGCUCUCAGCCUCAGCCCAAAGACGAGACUGCUGUGCGUGUCCUGGAUCGCCGUGGCCGGCCGCCGGUAUCUCCAGUGCCAAAGUGGUCUCCCUGGGCAGAGGGACCAAGGCUCUGGGGUUCUGAAAUGCAAGGUGGCAUGAGGACGUCCCGGAUGCCUGGAGCCACCGCAGAGAACGCAGAGCACAGCACGCUCCCCCACAGGCUCUGCUGGAGCUGCCACCUGCCAGCAGCAGGGUGCCUGGGGCCAUGACCUGCUCAGCCUGGGCCCUGGCGGUCCCUUGCUGGCCAGCCUCGCCGUCCUCUUGGCUAGUUGCUCCCCAGCUUCACUGAGGGGGUGGUGGCCAUCCCAUGCUUAGCACUGCCCGAGGAAGGGGAAGGAAUACAGGCCGUCAGUCCA